UGUGACAGGCUGUGACAUAUUGCUUCUCUCUUAGGCAAUGUCAGUUUUGAACAAGUAAAUGGUGACUUUUGUUUUAUUGUUGAAAUGUGUCUUCCUCCCAAAAAUCAUUUAAAGCAGACAGAGUUAGUUUCGUCGUGUGAUUAUCAGCGCUUUGGAGCGUCUAUGUUCGGAGCAGCGAGGAAGUGAUUCCUCUUGCGGCGAGAUUAGUCUUUGAUAAAUCAGCCCGGAAGAACUGGGAACGUUAGGCGAUGGUGAUGGUGCUGUAAAUCAAUUGGCCCUUAUCUCCCUUGUUGCAGGGGGAGUAUCCUGUGUCAGCGCAGGAAUGCCGGGUGGAGACUAUGGGGAGCUGGGGGGCAGCCUCCCUGCCAUCGCCUCCCUGAAUGCCUCCUACUCUACGUCGCUGUCCCUCCCGUCCCCGUACCUGUUGGUAACGCCCGCAGAGCGCAAGGCCAUCUCUGAUGUCCGCCGCACCUUCUGUCUCUUCGUGACAUUCGAUCUGCUCUUCAUCUCCCUUCUGUGGAUUAUAGAGCUGAAUCAGAUAUCCAGUUCAAUCUGGGAGAGGUUAAAAAGUGAGGUCGUCCUUUAUAACUACAGGGAUUCCUUCUUUGAUAUCUUUCUCCUCGCUGUGUUUCGCUUCCUGUGUCUACUAGUGGGCUACGCUGCUUUUCGGUUGAGGCAUUGGUGGGUUAUAGCGGUUACCACCUUAGUGACCAGCGUCUUCCUAGUUGUUAAGGUCAUCGUGUCCAGUCUCCUCUCCGUAAAUGCCUUUGGCUACGUGAUACCCAUCACUUCCUUUGUGGUGGCCUGGCUGGAGACCUGGUUCCUCGACUUCAAGGUGCUCACUCAGGAGGCUGAGGAUGAGAGAGCCUACCUGGCAGCGGUCCAUGCAGCGUGUGAGCGAGCACCCAUGAUCUACCCCCGCGCUGUUUCAGACGGGCAGUUCUACUCCCCUCCUGAAUCCAUCGCAGGCUCUGAGGAGGAUCUGGACGAGGAGGGUCUUGGCCGCAGAGCUGUCACUGCACAGGAGAAGGAGUAUGUGAGACAGGGUCGUGAGGCCAUGUCCGUGUUGGAACAGAUCCUAGCCCAGGAAGAGAACUGGAAGUUUGAAAAAAACAAUGACAUGGGAGACUCUGUCUACACUCUGGAGAUUCCCUUCCAUGGAAAGACUUUUAUUCUCAAGGGCCUCAUGCAGUGCACUGCGGAGCUUGUGUAUCAGGAGGUGAUCCUGCAACCAGAGAAGAUGGUCCAGUGGAACAAAACUGUUUCUUCCUGCCAGAUCCUUCAGAGGGUGGACGACAACACUCUGGUAUCAUACGAUGUCUCCUCAGGAGCAGCAGGGGGGGUGGUGUCUGCGAGGGACUUUGUUAACGUGCGGCGGGUGGAGCGCAAACGAGACUGCUACCUGUCUGCUGGCAUGGCAACCGACCACCACGCCAAACCUCCAGUCGGUCGCUACGUCAGGGGGGAGAACGGUCCUGGAGGAUUUGUGGUCCUCAAAUCCAGCAGCAACCCGUCCGUCUGCACCUUCAUCUGGGUCCUCAACACUGACCUGAAGGGCCGACUGCCCCGCUACCUCAUCCACCAGAGUCUGGCCGCCACCAUGUUUGAAUUCAUGUCCUAUUUACGCCAACGCAUCACUGAGCUGCGGCCUUCCUUCCGCUCCGUCCACCUCACCUAAAACAGGAGGGACAUCCCAGCUGGUGGAGAGGUGUCACUACGGUUUGCGUUUAGUGGACUCCAGAAGUACCCUGAGCUGAAGGGAUGUGCUACCCUGACUGAAAAUACUGGACUUCUGAGCAUAGGAGAUGAGACAUGUGACCACACAUUCACCACAUUUCAGUCUCAAUAGAAGAGGAGUUAUUCAGAUUUCAAAUAUCAAACUCCAGAGUUUUUUUUUUAAGGGUGGUCACAUGUAUUUUAAUGUGGACCUGUAUAUGUUUGGCUGUGUCCCUUUGUGUAUAUUGAAAGCUGUGUUUCCUCACAAUGACAUUGCAGGACGGACAUUACUGAAACAAGGAAACAUUGAUGAAGGUAUCUCACUUGUGAAAACAGAAGUGGUGCAUGAAGCAGCUGUCUCUCUGAGCCGUAUCUUACUGCACACACUGCUAGCCAUUGUUUUUUUUGUCUUUGUUAAGAGCAUUUUUUGUGCAUGUUUUCACUGACCAGCAUCUUGUAUAUGUUUCUCUGCACCUGCCCUAACACUAACCCCCUACAGUAUAUUCUUCUCAACUUCACUGGGGUAGAUGUGAAAACAAGUCACCCUUCAGUCCUGCCCCCACUAGAGGGAGACACCACUGAUCUACAUUCUGAAAACCUCUGACUUUGAAAUGAUAUCCAAUGCUACUGUGUAAUCAUCCUCAACUGAGAGUCAGAUCAGGAGGCUGUUCUGUGUUGCAAAUGGAUUAUCGAGCUCAUUAAGACAAAAGAUCAGCUUACAUUAGGCUGCAGUGUGCUUACUAGAGCUGUCUUUGGUGCCAAUGGACCUCCUGUGGCCUUAUGUAAAAAGCUGACUCACUUGUUGUCAUCAAAUGUAUAUCUCUGCGCUACUAAUAUGAAUUAUCAUUCUAUUUCUGUCCUCCCUCAGACCUGAGAUGUUUUUACUUUCAUGUCUUACUCUCUCAUAAUGCAUAACAUUCUUCUUUUAAUCAAUUAGAGAAUGUUGCCCCUGGCUUGUUAAGCUUUGUUUCAAAUUCUGUACCUCGGAAAAUCGUGAUUUCUUAAUGCAUAUGUAACUAGAAGCUCAGUCAGCGAGCGCAGACCUCUGCUGCGGCUCAUUCUAUUCUAAAUGAUGUCUGUAUCAGAUCCAUGACUCCAUUAUGUAAUUGGUUCUCCUUUGGCCUGAAUCAAGAGUCGUGAACAUCUGGCUUGUAGUUAUUUUCUAAAAAACAAACAAGCAAACCAAACUGAAAAAUGAACCGCCUCAGAGGAAGUUAUAAAACUAGAACAGGACUGAUUAUUGGUUCAAAUAGCUGUAGAGACCAAAGAGCGUCACUUUUAAAUCGAUUAAACAAUUUGGUGCCUUUAUCAAAGACACAUUACAUGUCA